AUGGCAGAGGAAGCGAGAGCAGGGAGAUCAGCAUUGGCAGAAGAGCAGCCGUGCAGGGGUGGUGGUGGUGGUGGAGGGAGGCAGCAGCAGCAGUACCAGUACCAGCACGAGCACCGGCAGUCAAAACUCCCAGCUCGUGAGUUGGUUGACCAGUGCGAGGUGCAGCGUCAGGUCGUGCCACCACCAACGGAGAAGAUGGAAUCUCGGGAGGCGGCAGACAAGACCACCCAACGGCAUGCGGAGGAGGAAGAGAGAAAAAAAUCGGCGAGCAAGAUCUUAAAAAGAAAAAAAAGAAAAAACAAGAAGAAGAAGAAGAAGAAGAAGAAGAAGAAGAAGAAGAAGAAGAAGAAGAAGAAGAAGAAGAAGAAGAAGAAGAAAGAAGAAGAAUGA